AUGAAUACAAUCAAGAUUCAUUGCUAUAUUGUUUUUAUUAUUCUCAGUAUAACAGUUCAAAUCAAAUCUCAAAUAUGCGAGAAAACACCUCAGUAUGGUGAAUGUUCUACAAAUAGUGCAUGUGGAUGUUUUCAUGUGGCAGGUGCUAAUAAUGGUACAGGUAUUUGUGGUUUUCGCUGGCCAACAUGUUCUCGUCUUGAACUGUGUAAUUCGUCAGACAAUUCAUGUUCUCAACUUAAUACGACCUGUGUUCAACAUCCUUGA